CAUAUACAUAUACUUAUACAUAUAUGUAAACGUGGAGCCCUAGAAGCCCAUAUGUCUGUGUCGUUGUGUCCGUGUGUGUGUGUCCAUGUCUCUGUGUGUGUGUCCUUGUACCCAUGUCUGUGUGUCCGGGCACAGCCGUGUGUCCAUACGGGCACAGCCGUGUUCCCGCCCCAGGGUGUGCCGGCAGCCGUGCAUUUAAAAGCGGGGCUGAGCAGGGGCUGCCCAGACGGAGCCACCAGUGAACCCCGAAGCCAGCAGGGGCUGCAGCCUCCGCUCCCCAUCCCCGCGCAGUCUCAGAGCCAUGAAGGUGAAGGUUUGCACCAUCCUCAUCCUCACCAUCAUGACAACGGGCGCUCUGUGCCGGCCCGCGGUGCCGAGCGCUGCGGGGGAACCUCGCCGGCCCCCCACCAGCCUGAUCCGGCGGGACUGGCCCGAGUCCCUGUCCCAGGAGCAGCAGCACCUCAUCUCCCGGUUCCUGCCCCACAUCUUCACAGAGCUUGGGCACGUGCACGGGGACAAGGAGACAGAGGCUUUGCACGAUCACUUCUACCCUGACUGGAUGGACUUCGGCCGCCGCAGCGCUGAGGACUCAGGCGAAGCCGCGUAGUCGCCGUGCUGGCCGCGCCGAGCACCGGCACGCUCGGUGCACAUCUCGGCACAAUAAAGCUUUGGCACUACAGCUGCUGCUGCUCAAGUAUUGCUGGGAAAAGCUGGGGAAAAACGCGUA